GCGAUGGCAGCGGUUUUGACCUUCCUCCUCCUCAUCCUCCUACGGAUGGCAUCGUCCCACGGAGCCGCACGGUGCCCCGGGGCGCUGCCCCCCCCGGCACAGCGCAGGGCGCUGCUGGCCGUGGCCCAGCACAGCAUCCUGUCCAGGUUGCAUUUAUCCGAGCGGCCCGUCGCCCCCCGCCCCCCACCCAGGGCAGCGCUGCUCAGUGCUUUGCGCCGGGUACAACCGCGGCUCAACCGUGGCGGCCCCCCCCGACCCCCCAACGCCGCAGAGCAGAACUACGAGGUGCUGAGCUUCGCUGAGGCAGGUCCCUCCACGCCGCGCAGCUCCCGCCUGCUCUUCCGUUUCUCUCAGGAGCUCCGUGGAAACUCGGAGGUCCUACAGGCACAACUCCACCUCUUCUGGGCCUCCCCGGGUCCCGGCAGCUCGCAGCCCGUAUCCGUAAGGCUGCUGCACGGGGACGCAGCGCCGAACGGCACGGCGCUGAGCGAGGCGAUGCUGGAGGUGCGCGGCGAGGGUUGGAAAGCGCUGGAUGUGAGCGACGCGCUGCGGAGCGUCCUGAGCCGCGGCACGGAGCGGCUGACGGUGGAACUGAACACUUCGCGACCCCCCCUGCCCACCUACGGGGACCACCAUCGGCCCUUUGUGGCCGUCCGCGCCCAUCGGGACCCCCCCAGCCGCCGUCGCCGCGGCAUCGAUUGCAGCGGCAGCACGCGGACGUGUUGCCGCAAAGAGUUCUUCGUGGACUUCAAGGAGAUCGGCUGGGAGGACUGGAUCAUCCAACCGGAGGGAUACCACAUGAAUUACUGCGCCGGCUUGUGCCCCCCGCACGUGGCCGCCGUCCCCGGGGUGGCCGCAUCUUUUCACACCGCCGUCCUCAACCUCAUCAAAGCCAACAACGCCGACGCCGCAGCGGAUUCUUGCUGCGUCCCGACGCAGCGCCGUCCGCUCUCGCUGCUCUAUUACGAUCGCGACAGCAAUAUCGUCAAAACUGACAUCCCCGAUAUGAUCGUGGAUGCGUGCGGGUGCACUUAACGCGCUGCUGGGCCCCCCUCGUGCAGAGCCCUGCGGGGUCUGUGUGUCUCGGGGGUGGAUCUGGGCGUCUCGGCGGGCGCCCUUCCCCGCCGUGCCCGGAUUCCCCUCCGCCCCUCGUGCUGGAGAUCAGAAAUUCACCCCUGUGCCUCUGCGGUUUGAAUGGAGAGAGGGGGUCUGAGCUGGGGGCUGGGUGGGGGGAGCAG